CUCAAGAGCACCGCUCCUUCGACCAAUCUUUCUCUCCUUUUCUCCUCGUUUUGUCAGUCAUGUUCGCCUUCGGUGCCAUCGCUACUUUGUUCACUGCGUCCGUGUCGGCUAUCCCUGCCUUGAACACUCGUCAGACGGGCGCAUCAUGUGCGGGCUUCGGUAGCGGCUCCACCGACACCCCGACGUACAACUUCACGCUUACGGCGCACAACACCACGCUCCCGAACACCAACAGCACCGGUGCGCCGCUCGUCCUCGGGUGGGGUCCUCCCGGGACGAGUUCAGAGGCGAGUUACUGGGCGAUCUCGACGUAUGCGGAGUGGCAUUCCAACCAGUGGCCAUACUUCUCCCUUGAGGCAUACGACUACGACAUUGCCUCUGGCGCGGAAGUUGGGUUCAUUGUGCUUCCAACCGAUCCCGGCCGCGACGUCCCUAAGAUCUAUUGCGCUGCUCUGCGUGAUGAUUAUGUUAUGCUGGCGGUAAACAACGACGCGGACAGCUUUUCGCUUUGCCAGGCUGUUCCGGACCCCCGCCCCAACAACGUCCUUGUGUACCAGGCGAACGCCGAUAACAGUCAGACCUACGACUACAGCACUUGCUACGGUGUAGAUGUCUACCUCAUCCCAUACUACGGUUAAUGUUGGCGCGUUUUCUUGGGGAUUGGUUGUGCUCGAGCUAGCGGGUCGGACCAUGGACUAUUGCACUAUGAUUGCCUGUCAC